AUGGCAGCAGAGUCCGUGCUCGACAGCAUUGAUGAAUGCUGGAAUGCACAGCAGGGUGACUUGGUUGAGACUCCUCCCAAAAAACGGAGGGGAGCAGCCAACUCGGAGCCCGGAAGCUCUGAGAAGGGCCAUGUGAAUGCCAAGGCAAAGGCGAAGUCUUCUGCAGCUAAGGCCAAAGCCAAGGCUCAGGUGAGAAGAAGCAUUGUCAAAAAAUGCAAGGGAUGUAGAAAAAAACUUGCUCCUGGCGAAGCAGCUCCGAAUUGGCCCGGGUGUUGGGGCUGCAAACGCAGCCUAGACAACAUAUGUCGGUUAGCGAAGAAGCAGGGUCCCAAGGCAGAGGCAUGGGUCAGCGAGGUCAGAUCCGAUGCCGACGACACCAGGCUCUACAACAUGAUCCAGUCCUACAACGAGAAGUGUCCGGAGUCCAACGAGGGUGGCCCUACCUGCGGGAGGAAGCGAGGCAAAUGGUGCCUCAUCAAGUACAUCGAGCGGGUGAAAGCUGCCAGUGAGAUGAUGUGGGAGAAGUUGUUCAUGGAGUUCAGCCAGACGGUUCGCGGAGGGAAGAUGACCGAGGAGGCCGCGCAGAACCAGUGGAACACCUGGGUCACCGCGGUCAAGAACAACACUGCCAAGGCCGACGGCGUGAUGUUCGACUGGGAAGGCCCCCAAGGAAAACUCCGCAUCUGGAUCAAGACAGCGGAUAAGCUCAUCUAUCGGAGUCAGUAUUUCAAGGAAAAGGAGAUCUACUGCGAAGGCGAUACCACAAAAAAGGCCACCGACGAAGACGUGGACAAACUCCGACCAGAGCUGAUGCAGAAUCACGGCACGAACAUGUCGUUCGAGGAGAUUGCACCUGUGCUUGCCCAGAGCGGCAAAGAUGCCUUCCAGGCCAACGACGGCUUCAUGCUCGACAUUUUGGACUUGCAGCCGGACACGGGGGACAUGAAUGAAGAUGAAGAAGCCCCGGCCCAGGCGCCAGCUGAGGCUGAGAAAAAAGACGACGGACCCAAACUUUGGGUCGAGCGUGAUCGCAUCGUGUCUGCGAGCCUCCGCGCGGCCAAGUCCCAGAAUGCCGUGUUCGUGCAGAAGGGCCUAGACCAGCUGGAGAAGCAGGAACAAACCGAGCAGGAGACCCUGGCGGAGAUGGGCGACAAGCAGAAGGAGCACAUGGCCGGCGAGCUCAAGAUGUGGCGGGUCAGGUUGGAAGCGAUGGCGAUUUGCUUCCGUGACAAGGACUCGGAAGCUCUGAAGCGCUUCAUUGCUCGCUUCACAACCGUGGAAGCAACAGACAGCUCCAUGCCAGACCAGCCGGUGCGGAUGGGAGCUUGUCCUCCAUGCGAGCUGUAUGCCAAGCUGAAGACCGUGGAUAUCUUGGACGAGUGCGCUGGUAAGUACCAGAAUGCCACCACGCCGCAGCACGUCAAGGACGUGUCGACCAUGCUCACUGACUACAAGGCUCCGCUGCAGCAGCUGCUGCAAGGUGCCACCAAAGCGGAGAGAUCCAUCAAGGCGGCACGAGAGCAGCUGAAGCGAGCCUCUGCCAAGCAGGCUGCUCAAGAGAGCAAGAAGGGCCAGGCGAAUGCCAAGGCCAGCGAGUCACCGGCGUUGUUCGACCAAGGCGUUGCUGCGGCCAAGCAGAUUCAGAUCUUUGAGCCGGGGGACAUCGGCUCCGGCAAGAUCGACUUCAAGAUCCCCUUCAUCGUGAGAGCCGCCUCGAUCGUGAAGGACGUCUCGGCCGGUGUGGAAAGCGAGCACGAUGGCUUCAAGACCAGCUUCAAUAUUGGCCGUGCAAACUCAAAGGGCAUGAGGGCCUCCAAGCAGAUCUCCGAAGCAGGCGGCGGGGAUGUCUUCGUGAAGAAGUUGCAGGACGUCUUCAAGGAUUCGGAGAAGUUGCAGAUGCAGGCUGGCAAGCAUGACGGCCUCAAGAAGCACAUGGUCACGAGCUCGUUUGGGAUCGAUGUUGGGUACGACAAAGUGAGUUGCGAGCCAGCUUUCAUGUCUGCUUUUCGGUUGACCUUGGAAGGCACCCGCACCGUGGUGAUGACCGAUUGGUUGCAGCUGAUUGGUUUCAUGCAGAGGCAGGGUGUCGCUCUGCCGAUUCCUCCUGUUCGUCAGGCGGCUUUCCUCAGGAGCAUGAGCCCGGAGAUGCUGAAGCAGUACGUCGAGGAGGCCAGCUUGUGGACCAGUACGCUUGGUGCUGGCGACCUGAUCUAUGUGCCAUUCGGCUUUCUGACUGGCGAGCUGUGCACGGUCUUGACCUUCGGCUUGCGAUUGCCUCUCAUCGUGAAAGCGACUGCCGACCCCAAUCUCAUGGGCAGCAUCGACAAGAAGUUGACAGAGGUCGAGCAGACAUUGGCCAGUGCAAAGGAAGAUGCGGCCAAGGCGCGCUUGACCAUUGAGGUGUCAUGUCUGAGAGAACUUUCGAAGGCCAUGUCUGUUGCAGAUACGCCAGCGCCUGCGGCCCCGGCACCAGUUGCACCGACUGCUUGA